CUUUUGAUUACGUCACCAGUGAUCGCAUCGGUACACGAGGGGAACGGGAUCAAUUUUAGCAGAGCUACUGAGAUCUGUGUCUCACAUUUAAAGCAUGGGGAAGCAGAAAACAAAGAAGUUUGCUGCAAUGAAGCGAAUGAUCAAUCUGAAGGAUCAGAGAAUAAAAGAGAAAGACCGAGCUAAAGCAAAAGAGAAAAAGAAGAAAGAUCCAUCAGAGCUGAAGGAGAGAGAAGUGCCAAAGUACCCAUCGUGCCUGUUCUUCCAGUACAAUACUCAGCUUGGUCCACCGUACCACAUUCUAGUCGACACCAAUUUCAUCAACUUCUCCAUCAAGGCCAAACUGGACAUUGUUCAGUCUAUGAUGGAUUGUCUUUAUGCCAAAUGUAUCCCAUAUAUCACAGACUGUGUGAUGGCUGAGAUUGAAAAGCUUGGAAUGAAGUACAGAGUUGCGCUCAGGAUAGCCAAGGAUCCAAGGUUUGAGCGCCUGCCGUGCACACACAAAGGAACAUAUGCCGAUGACUGUUUAGUCCAAAGGGUUACACAGCACAAGUGUUACAUCCUGGCUACUGUGGACAGAGAUCUAAAGAGAAGAGUCAGGAAGAUCCCAGGAGUACCCAUCAUGUACAUCUCAAACCACAGGUAUAAUAUUGAACGGAUGCCUGAUGACUACGGUGCUCCAAGAUUUUAGUAUUUCUACAGCUGAGCUGGACUUGUAAAUGGACUGAAGUUUCCUGUGUAAUAUUAUUUUCCUUUUAUAUACAUUAAAAACUAUUAUUAGGUUUGGAAGUUUGAUUUGGUGAAGAUGGGAUAGGGGUGUGUUUGAUGUAACUGAAAAUUACUUAAUGUUGUUUUUCUCAUAAACAUUUUUGUUACAAGAAUAAAUGAAUUGUUGCAAUGCAUGUUCUAUUCAGCCUUCAGUUUCUUUCCAACACCCUACAUAUGCAGAGGCAAGAUGUUAAUUUAUUUUGAGAAAAAUAACCUAGGGUCAUUCGAGGUUCAUAUUUUACACUGUUGAGUGGGCCUUUAAAGCUUCUGUCUUCUUAAUUAUCCUAUUGUAUGGUCCUUCAAGCAACUACAGUGGAAAUAUGUUUUACUGCAUGUUUAUUUUUUUGUCCCUACAAUAAAGUUCAUUUAAAUGUAUAAUAGAAAUUACUGGGAAGAGAUGAAUGUAAAUGUAACAGUGUAGUUUGACAAAUUAAUCAUGAGCUAAAAGUGACACGAUCAGAGCAUGUUGGAUAUUCAGCUGAGGUUAAAAACAAUACUUUCUCACUCUUUGACAUGUAAAUAAACACGAUUGUUUUUAUUACC